ACAGCAAUAAGAUAAUUAAUCAUGGGUAAAGGUACUCCAUCGUUAGGAAAAAGACACAACAAAUCUCACGUCUUGUGUAACAGAUGUGGUAAGAGAUCCUACCACGUCCAAAAGAAGACCUGUUCUUCUUGUGGUUACCCAGCUGCUAAGAUGAGAUCCCACAACUGGGCUUUGAAAGCUAAGAGAAGAAGAACCACCGGUACCGGUCGUAUGGCUUACUUGAAGCAUGUGUCCAGAAGAUUUAAGAACGGGUUCCAAACUCAAUAAAUAGAUACUGGCCUAAAGACCUCCGAUUCUAAUAAAUGACAAAUAUUUGUGUAAUAGUAUCAUCCUCAUAAUAAACAUAUUUUCAUGUUAUAGUAUA